AUGACGCCACAAGAAACCGGAGCCGACGAUCUCGGUUCCCAGGAUCGGGGAGUCGCUGAAAAUAACAACACUGCCGACUAUUCUACCGUGCAUCCCCAACCCCCCACCAACAUCGCUGCCCGUGGUUCUUAUCGCAGAUGGGAUCUGCCAAAGGAGCUUCGUGUCAUAAAUAAUUUUGAUGGCCCACCAUAUUCGCGGUGCAAAGUCUCCGCCAAACUGGCAACCAAGUACCUGUCAUUUGCCAGAGAGUCUGACUUCAUCUCUUAUGCCAAUGAUGUCCUUCCAGGUAUCGUGGGACCGGCCAUAGACGUGUUGGUAUCAGACAACUUUGCGGAAAAGAUUCUAGAGUACGAUGACAGUUCUUUCGCCCGGGGAACAAAUGGUGGCAAUGACGAACUGAAUGAACAUCUUUCAAAGCUUGAUGGGCUGCAUCUGCAUAGCAAGGCAUUCUAUCGUGAAAGAGCACUUUGCCCAGGAGACGUUCUGCGUUUUUACAUGAAGGAAAAAAAGCUGCGCGACUGGCUCGAUACUUUUACUACUCUCCUCACCGAACCGAAGCUGCUUCCGCCCAUUCGAACAGGCUUCCAUGAAGAUCAGAUACAAACAUUUAUCCUUGCUCAUGCUGUGCAAAUCCUACUUUUUGCCCCCAUACAGUGGCAUCAAGGUGCAAGAUAUAAGUGCACGGACUCUUAUUCUCGUCGGUUUCCGCUUGGAUACCCCGAAUCAGGUCCGGAUGAUAUAACAGUCUGUGGCAAGUAUAGUCCGACGACCUGCACCGAGCUGUCCUUCUCGUGUUCUUUCUUGUUCAACAGCGGCCUGGAAAAGCCCUUUGCCUUCCAGAAGCUCCCUCGAGAAAUACAACUCUAUAUUAUCGAACUCGCAACUUCACCCAAGGUCACGCCAACUGUAGAAGGGGGGGUUAGAUGGCUGCGAGCCUUCAGCAAGAUUCGGUGUACAUCCGAAGACUCACUUCUAGCUCUGAAGUUGUCGUCUCGGGGCUUGUAUCACCUGGUAAAGACUGCGAACUCAGUUGAAGCUAUUUGCAACUGGCAUGACUCUCGCCAAUGCCCGCCUGUUAUUUUCCGCAUGAAUUUAGAGACAGACACAUUGCGAGUAUUCCAAAUUCAUAGGAGACUUCCAAAAUAUAAGGAUAUACAUAGCUUUACUGCGCCACUCCCCUUGCGCAGGCUGCUCUUGAUCGAGUCCAGAUACGGUUAUUACAGCACCGAGGAAAGCCUCGAGACUUUCUGCAGCUCCAGCGUGGCCUGCUUUCCGGGUUUGAUGCUCGACACGCUUCCAAAGUUAGAGGAGUAUUGUUUGAUACUUCCAGCAGUAAGCCAUCGCUGGAUGAUGGACGGGCUUCCGCAAAUUAGACCUCAAGACGGCAACAACACUCCAACGCAUAUCGGCACCAAGUGGCAAUUCAACCUUCACCGCUACUACAACAUGUAUCAGGCUGGGAACGAAGUGCCAGAGGGGUACCAAAUGGGGGUUCCACCUAGCUUUUGUGACGACAGCCACCUCGACGGUACUGACCCUUCCGACCGUGUCGGGAGCAUCCCGUAUAUCGGAGAACACGGAUAUGAGCGAAGCCACGGCAUAGUUGGUGGGCUCUGGGCUGGAUUUAAAUACUUCCAAGAAAGCAAGGAAGCUUACUUUGCGCCCCUCUCAUGGACCGAAGUUGAGCCCCUGGUCAUGGGUGACUAUGGAGAGAAUGGGACUAGAGCCCUUUUUCACAACCACACUCCGCAGUUUGUAUCUAAAGUCUGGAUUGUGCGACAGGGUACGGCGGCUCCAAAGGGGUGGAUAAAGGUACAGGAUGCAGAUGAAUCAGAUCCCGCCUGGAGACACCAACUAUUGAAAACAUGGAACGCUGUGCGCUACACGUUACAUAACAUCCAGAACUCACAUGUGGGUUACCAUUACACCCUCUGUCAGAGAUAG